UUAUUAGUUUCUUACUUGUAAAAACCCUACAGAGAUGAAUGGGGUUUGGUGUGGUGUGGAUGCACAUUGGCUGAUGUGUUUCUUUGAUUUGUGCAAUUAAUGAUACUUGUGUAGAAGAGGGGAAUUCAAAUCCUGCAUCCCGACCCCCAAUUCUUCUAUUAAAGCCUGAAUUCGGGCGCUUUGUCGUCGAAUUGAAGCUGCAAUUUGAAGAUUGGAGAUUGAAUAUAAAUUGUGGUGAUCCAUGUCCAUGGCGGAUCAAGAAGAUGGGGAUUUGAAGAUGGAAUCAAGGCAGAGCAUGCAGCAGCAUGAAUCGCCGGAGCCCAAGAGGAGCAAGCCUAGGGAGAAUUCAGGUACCGUAAGGGAGGGGGAAUCUCCGGAGGCUAGGAAUCGGCGCUUACAGCGUGAAUUAAUGGCUGCUGCUGCGGAGAAGCGGAUGGAGGCGGCCAAAGUUUCUGCUGCCGCGGCGGUGAAGAGUGUGGAGAUUGGAAAAGAUGUUAAAAUGGCGGAGGUGGAGACUAAAAGUGAGCCCACAGUUACAGGGAAGAAUGUGGAAAGUUUUUCGGAGGUAAAGAUAUGGACUUCAGAAAGCAGUCAUGGAGGCAAGGUUGAGGAUAGAACUGACAUGUCUGAAACGUCCUUAUCGAUCUCGGAGGGUGAUGAGCUCUUCUUACUAAUUUUUGGGAACACAGUUAGUAAAGAAGUACUCGCCCAGUGGUGCAAUCAGGGUAUAAGGUUUAGCACCGAUCCAGAGACAUCAAUGGGGCUAGUGCAGCAUGAGGGUGGGCCAUGUGGCGUGUUAGCUGCUAUACAGGCUUUUGUGCUUAAGUAUCUUCUAUUCUUUCCAGAAGAGUCUGAUAUAGCUGCACUGAACAUGUCAUCAAGUGUGUCUGUCAGAAGGGUGCCCAAGAGUGAACCUGUUGCUGCUGACAUUUUCUCCUCUCUUUCAGAAGAAAAAAGAUCAAGGGCCUUGGUAAGGAGCAUGAGUGAGAUACUCUUUACGUGCGGACAUGACGAAAAAGCACGGAUAGUAUCUCUGAAUAUAAUUGAUGAUAGUCUUAUCAAGUCCAUCAACAGAUCAGAGGAUGAGGUCAUUGCUAGUGUGCUCGGGGGAGUGUCUAUUGAGUCAGGAUCCGACUUGCAGAAGUUUCUGAGAGUUGAUACCUACACUUCUUGGACAACCGCAUUUCGGAAGCUUGAAGCUAUGCUUCCUAUUUUCAGAAGUCGCUUGGGAGCACUGAUCUUUUUAAUAUCUGCCUUGCUCUCUCGAGGAGUGGAUAAUGUUAAAGAGGAUAGGGAUGAUCCGAGCCAGCCAUUGGUUACUGCUCCAUUUGGGCAUGCAUCACAGGAAAUUGUAAACCUUUUACUCUCGGGGAGCGCUGUCGCUAAUGUGUUCGAUGGAAGGAUGGACUUGGGAGGGGGCAUGUUUGUAAAGGGCAUUUCGACAAUUGUCGAAGUUGGAUUUCUCACUCUUCUGGAGUCCCUAAACUUUUGCAAAGUCGGGCAGUAUCUGAAAUGUCCAAGGUGGCCGAUAUGGGUGGUCGGAAGUGAAUCUCACUAUACAGUUCUGUUUGCCCUCGACAUAAAGGUCCAAGAGGAAAAUGAACUUGAAAGUCGGGAAUCGCAGAUCCGGAGAGCAUUUGAUGCGCAGGAUCAAAGUGGAGGUGGUGGCUUCAUUAGUGUCGAAGGCUUCCACGAAGUUAUCCGGGAAACUGACAUUAAAAUUCCAGCAGAGAAGGCCGAGCAUCUCUGUAGCACCGGCUAUAUCGUAUGGAGUGAAUUUUGGCAAGUUAUACUCGAUUUGGAUAAGAGUUUAGGGGGCGUGAAGGAUUCGUCUGGAAUGAUGGGAAAGAAAGUCUUCGAUCUUUACCAUUUUAAUGGGAUUGCGAAAUCGAUCGCCAACGGAAGCUAUCAUGAGAAUCCAAUCCAACGGCCAAGACUGACGAAACUAAGAGUCUCGGUGCCCCCAAGAUGGACGCCGGAGGAAUUCAUGAUGGACAUACCGGUGACCUCUGGGUCAGGCGAGGAAGGGAACUCGAACGGAACGUCGUCUAAGACGCCUCCUGCUACUGCUCCUGCACAGCAUGCCCCUUUGGUUGACUGCAUCAGAACGCGUUGGCAGCGUGCAGUUUGCAACUGGGACGGGGAUGCGCCCAGCAUUGUAUGAUUCGAUCGACCGACGAUUGACCGACCGACCAAUCUAGCGGGAUUGGAUUGGUAUUGAAGAAUGAAUGAUCAUCUUCCAAGAGGAACAGAACUGAACAGAACAGAUGGUUUUUUGUUGUUGGUAUGUGCCUGGCUGCUUGUGUUGUGGUCUACAUCUAUCUUUUCAAUUGUGAUGUAGCAUAUCCAUGCAUACUCCCAAUGUUUGUUGAACUACAUCUCUCUCUCUCUCUCUCUCUCUAUAUAUAUAUAUAUUGGGACAAAAGUAGUGCAUAAUAAUUUAUGUGAUCCUUUUGAAUUGAAUUGCAUUGAUUAUAUGUAUUUAUAUUGUUAAUUAUUUUUUA